AUGACCUCACAAAAGCCUUUCCACAAUGCCGUCCGUCUGAGUGAGACGACGUAUCUUUUUCAACCAAAUUUGUGGAGCAAAGAUGCGCCGACAUUCAUACUCUCAACUUGGAUGAAUGCUGCGCCCAAGAAUAUUCUCUUUUACGUAGAGAGCUACCAACGCCUCUUUCCUACAUCUCGGGUUUUUGUCCUGAUCGGCACUGUCUCCAACAUGGUAUACCGUCUGGAAUCCAGGCAGAAGAUUAGUCUACAGCCGGUGAUGCAUGCCCUGUUAGAAGAAACUCUAGGUCCCCUCUUCUUGCACGCCUUCUCAAAUUCCGGUGCGCAGCAGCUUGGAUUACUUUUACGAACAUAUAAGGAGAUCACGGGGGGGAAAAAGCUGAACGUCGAUGGAUUGAUACUUGACAGCACACCUUCUCGGGGAGAAUUCUCAAGGGCUUUUGUUGGCCUGUCUUAUCAGGUACCGAGUCAGCAUUGGUAUAUCAGAUACCCUGGCGUAGGGCUAGUGCUUCUAGUGGUGACGAUUGGUUGGCUUGUCGAGAAGCUGACGGGCAAGGUCAACGUUUUGAGUCAAUUCAAUGCAGACAUGAAUGAUCGAUCGUUGUUCGGCAAGGACACGUUCAAGCAGUACAUGUAUUCCAAGGAAGAUUUGCUGGUAAGCUGGGAAGAUAUCGAGUGGCAUGCAGACAUGGCAGAAAGUAAGGGGUGGAGAGUAGGGAGAGCACUUUUUGAAAAGAGCGGUCAUUGCAGGCAUGGGAAAGGCCUUGGAGAGGAAAGAUAUUGGAAUAUCAUCAAUUCCAUUGUUGCCAAGGAAGCAACAGACGGGUCCCGGCAGUCAAAACUUUGA